UUGUAAGUACCGUAGCAGCAGUGACGAGUACAGGAAGGUCAUUUGUUUAUCUCUAAAAUAAAAUGAAAAUAGCGAACAACUAAAAUGUGUCCGUUUUAGAUGCCUAAACGCCGGAGGUUUGAUUAAAAAUGCAGCUGGUGAGUUUCUAUUAGACCGUUAAGCAGCAGGAGGGAAAGUGGUCUCUGUCGCUUGUCGUCAUCUCAUUAUUUCUGUCUCAGAACAUCAAAAGCUAGAACAACGUCAGAGCAACUUGUUAGGGAAAUUCAUAAUUUAAGCCCCUUUUUUCGAGUGUGUGUGACAUGUCACCUUCACGGUCCGUUCUGCUGGUGGGAGAGGGGAACUUCUCCUUCUCCUCCUCCGUGUGUAAGUUGGACUCUGAAUCGGGGAGCAACAUAACGGCCACCUGCCCGCAGCAUCAAGAGGAGGCACUGCGGCACGAUGGAGCCGCCGCCAACAUCCAGACCAUCAAGGAUUUAGGAGGAAGUGUCCUGUUUGAGGUGGAUUGCACAAAGCUGGGGGAGUGCGCCUUCCUGAAGGGCCGUGUGUUUGAACGAGUGGUGUUCAACUUCCCCCACUGUGGGAGGAAGAGUGGGGUGAAAAAGAACAGAGAGCUUCUCAAAAACUUCUUCCUCAGUUGUGUUGAGGUUCUGGCCAGAGACGGGGAGGUUCAUGUCUCCCUGUGCAACGGUCAAGGCGGGACUCCGGCGGACCAUCCGAAACGAGAGUGGCACAACAGCUGGCAGGUGAGUGCCAUGGCAGCCGAAGCUCACCUCAUUCUCAGCGCUGUGCGACAGUUUGAAAGUGACAACGUCCCAAGCUACAAGUCCACUGGAUACAGGAGCCAGGAUAAAGGCUUUCACGUGGAGAAAGCUCUGCUGCAUGUGUUUUCGCGCAGCACCCCAUUCACUCCUGUCCAGAUAGUACAGAUGGAGGAGGUUGCUGAAGGGGAGAUGGUCCACUAUAACAUACCAGCUGAGCUCAGUGAUUAUGUAUCCAGGGGGUUCCUCUCCUCGGAUUCCAUCCAUCCUGUCAAGUUGGUGCAAGACUUUCUUCUCGAAGGCUUAGGGAAACAUUGGCCAGUGUCCAUGAAAAGAGAACCUUUCCCCCUCCUUAUAUCAGCCAAGCAACUGCAGUCUUGCUGCCACGAUCUUGACAUUUUGCAGUACUACUGGAUCCACUUGCUUCAGAAAGAACUCACCUCUCAGGCUCAAGAAGACGAUGCAGUUUGCUCAAACAUAAAAGCCACUUCACCUCCUACCAAGGCGGACAGAGUGAGGAGUAAAGGAACUGAGAGUUUACAGCCUGUGUGCUGCCAUGAUUUUAAUUUGGAAGUGGAAGGGGGUCUUUACCUGCUGCGUCCAUCACUGCUUCCUCAGCUGGAAGAGCUCCUCAUAAACACAGAUAUUAGUGGUAAUGCAGAUCCUCAAGAGAAAAUUUAUCAAAGUUCUGAGGUUGAGUGCAGUAAGACUGAAGAAGCCUGUGAUGACUGUAACAGGUCUUCUAGCUUGUUGUGUGGUGUUAGUGGAGUGGUGUUCAGGAGCGUGCCCAUCAGCCUUUGGGCUCUGCCUGCCUUUCACGAGAUUCUCCUCACAGGUGUUUUCCCUUUGGAAAAUGAGCCUGUUAAAUUGAUAGGACAUGAGUUGGAAGCGCUCCUCUCUCCCUAUGGGGUCUCCAUAGUUACAGAAGAGAGAAGCCUACAUCUGGUGGCUCAGCCGAUGGGUUUGAUUGGUAAGGUGUUUGCGAGCAACACAGCUGACGGCAACAACCACGUCACUGUCAGUGCGUCUCUAAAUUUAGACCUCCUCGCUGUUCUCUUGUUCUCACUGCCUGACUGGCGUCUGCUUUGGAGUCACGACCCCCGCUUCCUGAAACAGUUUUCUCUCCGUCCACCACCAGGGACAUCUUUUCAGCCUUUCUCCCUGUACCCAGAGUCCUUCUCCUUCGACAUCAGCUUCUGGACGGGGCCGGCGUGGGAGGAGAAAAUGUUCCACGCUAUUGUCCGAGAGGCUAGCUGCGGAACUGUGGAGCAGGUUAAACUCAUCGACACAUUCUCGCACCCUGACCUGAGUCAGACCAGUUAUUGUUACAGACUCAUCUACCACUCACACACACACGCCCUGUCACACACGCAAGCCCUGACAUUUCACAAAGAGCUGGAGGUUUUGCUCUCGUCUCGUAUGCAGGUCACAGUCAGGUAGCACUUCAGACAUUAGAAUAGUUCAGACAUUUUUGUUCUCCACAUGUGCUUUUAGCUGGAAGAAAAUGUAUUAGAAAAUCUAUAGUCAGAUGUUUACAAUGGUUGAAAAUGUGGUUGUUGUGUUAUGCAUUUGAAAUGUGACUGAAAUCUUUCAGUGUAUGUUUGUCUCAUAACCAUGUAAUAAACCUACUGUUAAGGCUGAAA